AUGAAGUUUAAAUUACCAAUCAUUUACUAUGGUUAUGCUAACGUAAUAUGUCAGGUUAAUACAUUUAAUACACUUUACGAAGCAUCUUUAGCUGAUAACUUGUUGAGCAAAAGUUUAGAAAUAAUUUCACCUAACACCCCACGCUUGGUCUUUGCAUUUAGCUCAAAAAGUUUGACAGCUAAAACAGGCGAAAUAAUUGUAGUUGAAUACUCAGUCAAAAAUGACGGUGUUUCUAGUACAGUUGAGUAUAAAUGGGUAGUCUUUAUAAGAAUUGUAUCUAUAAAUACUGAAAAAGAACUCUUGUCAAAACAGUUGGAUAUUUAUGAAACGCUUAAACCUGGUGAUAUAUAUACCCGUCGAAUUGAGUUCUACAUAGACUGGAAAUUCAAAAGUGGAAUGUACAAAAUAAUUAUUUCAGCUGAUUUUUUUAAUAAUGUCUUCAGCACUUUUACAAGCAUCAAGACGAUUGCGUUGUUUUUAACAGUGGAGUUAGUUAAAACAAAAUGGUCAUUAAAAGGUUUUGGCACAACUAUCAAAGUGAUUAAAAAAGAUCGGGAGGCGGUCAAUGCUUUGGAAGUUUAUUAUACAAUCAAUGUUGAAUAUCCAUUUAAAACUACUAGCGAACUUGUAUGGACAGAUGUUUUCUAUUUGUCCAAUUUGCAAAUAUUUGAAGAGAGCGUUGCUAUUAAACUUUUUGAGUCAAAUCAGAGGAUGCUUGCUACAAACGGAAACGAAAAUAAAUUUACUUUUAAAAAACUAUUUUAUUUAGAUAAUUUGGUGUAUGGCGAAUAUUAUUUAUAUAUUUUUGUUGACAAAAAUCAGCUGAUUGAAAAACUUAUUGACUUUAACAGUCCAAUCAAGAAAUCAGUUCAAAUAUAUAAAAUAAUUUCUUUAUUAAGAAUCUUUGAGCUUAACAUAACAAAGGACCCACAACUAAAUUUAAACGGAUAUAAUAUAACUGUGGCGUGGAAACUUGAAAAUAUUGGAGACAUUACAGUUGAAAAUCCUCAGUUUACUUUUUAUGGCAGAUCUUUAAGUGGCUCUUCGUUCCAAAUAGGCAGCUAUAAAUCACAAAAUACACUUUAUCCGCUAGAUGUAAAAGAAGAAUCAACUCAGCUAAUUCUAGGUCUUCAAUUGUACGGAACGUUUACUAUAACCAUUAAAUGGCAAGACGCUACGGAGAGCAGUAGUGAUUCAACAAAAGUGUUUAUUCAACAGUUUCGAUCCGCUGACUUAUCAGUCAAAGAUCUUUAUUACACUAAUAGCUUAGAAAUAAAAGAAAAUGUUAAAUGCAACAAUCACCGAUUUACAGUGGCUGUGACGUACAGUGUUGAAAAUAUUGCUUAUAGCAUGAACAAAUUAAAAACAUGGACUGACAAAAUUUCUGUUGUUUGUGAUAAUGAUUUGACUAUAAGCAAAAACCUUAGCGUAACAAAACAAUUAUGGUCAUCAGAUACUUAUUCAAAUGAUUAUCAAUUUUUGUUUUCUCUUCAAGAAAGAUACUACCCAAAAUGCAAGAUUAUAGUAAUUGUAAACGCUGAUAAUGGAGCUUUUGAACUAUUUAGCUUUGUAAACAAUUUGAAAGAACAGUGUUAUUUUUCAAUACCUACCAAACCUUAUGCAAGAUUUAUACUUACACCAUUGUAUAAUUUUAGCAAGCUAAACCUAUGGAAAGCUGGCAGCUCAACUGAAAUGGAAUACACAAUUAAAAAUGAAGGUAACAGCUCAAAAUAUUCUUUAAGCACAUGGAUAGAUAGCGUAUAUCUGCAUAGAAAACAAAAUGAUUGGCAAAGUUAUAUUUUAACAUCUGGUAUUUUGCUUGGUAGUAAAGCUUUUUAUAACUUUGAGCUUGGUUGUGGAGAAUCAAGCACAAAUAACUACACAAUUAAAUUGCAAAUACCGAAAAAAGCGUCAGGUAAGUAUUAUGGGUACCUUAUUAACGAUCCUCAGAACAGUAAUGUUAACUCAUUUAGACUUUUAAACUCUAAUUUUGAGGUUGAUGUUUUACCAAUUGAGCCAUGCAAUAUAGCAUCCACAAAUGGAACAAUAAUGUCUGCAGAAAACGUUUUUACAGGAGGCGAUAAAAUUAAAUUUUCGUUUGAGGUAUACAACUUUGGUAAGGGAUUAGCUGAAGGCAGCUGGUAUGAUGCAGUUUAUUUGUCAAAGUUUGCAACCAUUACACCAAACGAUCUGCGACUAAUUACGACUGCUCGUCUACGUGACCUUUAUACAAACGAUUUUUACAAAGUUGAUUUUGAACUUACAUUACCACUUAAGCUUAGUUCUGGUCUGUAUUUUAUUGCAUUUGUAACGGACACCACAAAAGUUUUAUUUGAUUCGGAUUAUGACAAUAACCAGGCUUCAAUAAUGAUUCAAGUAAAGGCAGUCACAAACGCUGAUAUAUUUGUAAAAAACGUAACUAUAUACAGUGAAACCUCGAACAAUUUAGAGUUCUUUUGGCAACUCAAUGCUGAUCAAUCGUUAUUAGCGCGUAAAUGUGACUCAUUGUAUUUAUCUUUUGACAACAAAUUUGAUUAUAUAUAUGACUUUGAACUAAGCAAUGGCUACUGUGAGGCAUUCGAAAUUAAUGUGGUAUCAGGCACUCAGUUAGGUGACAUCAACUACAAAAUAAAUACGCUACAAUUGCCUCUUUUACCUGAUGGUUCCUAUUAUGGAAUAGUUCAUACAAUCACAAAUGUGGAGGAAACAAAUUUUGAAAACAAUGCAGGAGUCAGCGAGCAAAGUGUUGCAAUUGAAGUGUUGGAGUUGCAUAUAAACGUUUAUCAAGAGGUUCUCAUCAAGCCAAACCGGAACAAUCUGUUUAAGUUUAAGCCUGACUCUAAAAUGAAUACGCUGAAGGUUGAGUUAAAGACAAACUGUCAACUAUCAUAUAACGAUAUUUUUAUUCAAUUAAAAACCAUACCAACAGAGAAUUCAUUUGUUUCAAAAUCAAUCUUUUCUUACUCUUCUAAUCAGUCGUCUAUUGUAAGAAAUUUGAACUCCGAUAAGUACUACAUGGUUGUCAAGUCCUACCUUGCAACAAUUAAUCAGCCUUACUUAGCAAUGAUACUUAUUAAAUAUGUACAAGAUAUUGAAGUUGACCGAUUCGAGCCAUCAAAACUAAGCGUAAAAGGCAAAAACACUGUUAAAAUUAUUGGAAACUUUGUUCCUCAAAAAUUAGAGAUUUGUUUGAAAAAUAUUAGUGGCGCAAGCUUUUUAGUAUGUGCAGUAAAAGUUUACAAGGUGAACAUUGAAAUGGUGUUUGCAACAUUUGACUUAUCAGACUUUAAUCUUCAAACAGAAAGAGUUUACCAACUUACAGUUAAUAAUAAAUCAGCUGAUCAAGUAGUUGAAAUUGUUAUUGGAAAAAUUGGUAGUAUGCAGCUAAAAUUAGAAGUUUCAAGACGUUUAUACAGACAAAACGAAACUGCUUAUGUUGAUCUGGUUGUCAAUAACAAUGGUGACACAGAUAUAUACGUGCCAGUUGUAUUUGUUAGUUGUGUUGAUCUUGAGGCUAACUUUUUUAAAAAUGAUCUUAAAAAUCUACCAGAAACAAAACUUUUACCUGAUUUUGAAAUUGUGGCACUUAACGACCAACCAUAUCCAUCAUAUUUCUACGAUUAUCUUAUUGUCCUGAAUACAAAUAACCUUGGUGGUGUAUUACAACCACGAUCAUCAACUACAUUGCGCUUGAAAGUGAGACCAAUUAAUUCAGAGUUUUUGGGACAAUCAAAAAUAACAGCGAUUCCUUAUGAAAACAGCUUUUUUUUAAAUUUUAUUAACAAUAAUAUUGACUCAUACAAGCCGCCAUUUUUUACUGAGAGUGUUUGGAAGCAGUUAUCUGAGCUUCUAAUAAACAAAGUCAAACAAAAUAGUAAUGAAAUGUUGCAUGAAACAGUUAACGAACUAACAACCAAUGGGGUAGAUAUUUAUCGAUUAAGUGACCUGGUAGUCUAUCACAUAUUCCGGCUCGAUGGAGCGUUCUUCAGUACUAAUCUAAUAGAUUCAGUUGACUUUAAUAUUAUCACCAAUGAAGUUGCUUACAUUCGUUCAUAUUCAGCUAAAUAUUCUUCUAGAAACACAAAAAAUAUCCCACUUGGUAUGGGAUGGACGGAUAACCUUCACAUUAGACUUGAGAAGAGUGAUUACGAUUCACUUCUUCUGACAUUAGGUGGCAAACAAUACAGUAUUGAUUUUCGAACGUCAAAUACUUCAUACUUUUCUGACAUUUGGCAAGUUGAUAUAUACGGUGACACAGCAAUCAUAAUACUAAAAGAAAAUAAUUUAGCUUAUGGGUACAAUUUUACUGAAAACUGCAUACAUUCAUUAACCACACUUACUGGAAACAAACAAAUGACAGUUACCUGUCGUAAAGGACUAAUUUAUGAAAUAUUUAACACGGAAUCAACAAUUCAGUUUACUUACACAACCAGCAAUCUUUUACAAACUAUUACAAAAAAGUCAUCAAAUUCACCCAAAGAAAUUUUCACACUUGUUUACGAUUUAUUUGAUCGUCUAAUUGAGUUUACGACACCAUCUGUUGUUGUAAAGUAUGAAUACGACAUCCUAAACAAUCUUGUGAAAGCUGAAACAAGUUAUAAUUUAGUUUUUAAGUAUGAAUUUAACCAGGAUAGCCUAGUAAGUCGUAUAACAAACUACGUAAAUAACCAAACAGUAUUAGACUACAAUUACACGUAUUAUGAUUACGGUCCAGUUGAAAUGCAUGAUCAGAUUAACGGCAUAAAAGUUAGGUACUUUUACGACUUGAAUGGGCGGCUGUUAUAUUAUGAGAAAAACGAGCGUCACCGAGUUCACUUUGUUUCAUCUAUGGAUUUGAGUAAAUCAACAAUACUUGUUAAUGGUGAGAUUUUUAAGAGGAUUAAUUACGAUGAGAAACAGAACAGUGUCAAUCAAAUUUUUAGCGAUGAAAGUUUGAGCUCGAGGAAAACUGUGUUUAAGAAUGAAACUUAUGAAGUUACGGAGUACAGUGACAGGUUAAACAAUAAAAUUAAGUUAAUAAAACAGUUAGUGAAUGAUAAUACUCAAAUUGAAGAACUAAUAUUGCCUAAUAAUCUGAAAGAAAGAAAGGUUUUUGAUUUAAAGAAGAAUGUGCUGCAAAUCCAAACGCGAAAUAACGAUGAAUUAACCCUAAAAUACGAUGAAAAUAUGAACAGAGUGUUUUAUAGUCAUUCAACUGGCGAUGAUUUAAACACGUGCUCAUUUGAAUACACAGAGCAAGGUUAUUUGAGUGCAGCACGAGGCCAAGACGACUAUUAUUCAAUAUACAAUAGCUAUGAUGCUUUCGGAAAGCUGAUAAAAACUCAAAUGAAAUCUGAUUUAAUAGUUGAAUACGUUUACAAUGAUAAAUCUAACCUUGUUGAAAUGAAAACAAAUCAAAACAUAAAUUUUGUUUACACUCGAGAUCAAAAUGAACGAGUUACUCAAUUAAAAGUAAAUGGGGACACACUAGCACAAGUUAACUACACUCAAAAUGGAUAUAGCUUAUUUUUGCCUAAGGUUUCAAGAUACUUUAAUUAUAUAUACUCUGCUAACAACGGCAAGUUAAUAAGUUAUGUAAUUGGUGACAUGCACGUUGAAAAGAACUUGGUUAGAUAUGAGUACGAGUAUAACCAAAAAAAUUUAUUGAAAACGUUGAAACUGUAUACAGGUGUUAACCAAUCCGAUUACGUAACUAAUUACUACUAUGAUUCUUUAAAUCGUCUAGUUAGUGUUAAAAAUCAUAAUUUAAACACGACAAUUAAUGUUUUGUAUGAUUCAAACGGAAAUCGAUUAAGAUAUCAAGAGCAUAUUGGAUUUGGUGAUGAACAGCUUAAGGAAAACGAGUAUGUAGUUAAUCAAAUGAACCAGUACUUAAGCGACGGUGUUAACUUUUACAAUUACGAUCGAAAUGGUAACGUGAUAGAAGAGAGGAAUAAAAGCCAAGAUACAGUUAAAACAUAUAAAUACUACAAAGAUGGCAAACUAUCACAAUUUGUAACCAAAGAUGACAACUGCAGCUUAAAAUACGAUUGCUUGGAGAGGAUUAGCCUCUUUAAUUGUACCAAAGCUGGCUUAUUUAUUUUUAGCUAUCAAUACAACAAUCAAAAUCCAUUAUCAAUAAAGCUAUCCAACAAAACAGUUAUCUAUUUUCUUUACAUACCAGGCAUAAAAACAUCAAUUGGUUUCAUGAUGGGCAACAAAGUGAUUUAUUUUGAGUACAACGGUUACUUUUUUGUUCAACAAGUAUAUAGUCCCGGGACAAUUGUAAAGCCCCCAAAAUUCACACCAAAUCCCAAUCCAAUUAUGCCGGGUAACCCAGUUAUAUUUCCUGAUAUACCUUUUGAUACAGAUACGCUUCUACCGAGGAUUGAUUUAAAUACAACUCUAGGCCCGAGUAAUAAACCAGUCUCAACAUCUUGUAACACAAAUCUCGGGCAACUGGUUUUUAAUAUCGAUUCAGUAUUUAAUCAAAAUCCUAUUUUUACUAGCACUAUAAAUAAGCUUCCUGAUUUUCCUAUAAUGAAUCGUAUCACUUCGGAAAAUCAGAUCAACUUUGAACCUCCCACAUUAAGUCCAUCAAUUUUUCCAAAAUUUUUAUCUCCAAAUUUUAUUGCUUUUGAAAAACCAUAUUUCACUUUUUCUAAUCAAUUCUGCCCAGAGAUAAAUUUGAAGACUGUUCCUUCAAGUAAUAUAGUGUUGUCUGUAUUAGAUAAUAUAGGUGACAGCUCAAAAUGGGUUGAUGCAGCAUGUAGUGCAGCUGGAAGCUUUUUUAAACAGUACUUUUUAAAAAAUAAUACAUUUAAAGGUUCAUUAGAGGAAGUUGUCAAAGGCUCAAAGACUAAUUUUUUUAAACGAUUUUUAUGUAAUGAAUUGACAAAAUCUGAUGUUGUUGAUAAAAUUGGUAAUAUGGCUGGCGAAAAAGUUAUUGAAUCGCUAGUUAAAAAAAUUCCAUAUAAAUCAAAAUGCUUAAAAAAAGCAAUUGUUAGUAUCUUUCCAGAGAUAACAGAACUUAUCAAUUGGGCUAGGUCGUUUGAUCCUAAUGAUAUUUUAGGUCCAAAGGGCUACGGUGCCAACAAUUAUGUCUCAAACAAUCAAAAGUUUAUCUUUGUUAUUAAUUUUGAAAAUAUGGCUAAUGCGAGUGCGCCUGCACAACUAGUUGAAGUGGAAUCCCAACUAGAUGAUCAAUUCAAUUAUGCAAGUAUUAUGUUUACUAGGUAUGGUUUUAAUAGCUUUGAAAAAAAUUUGAAUAAUUUAAAAAGACCUUAUUUGUCAGAGACUUUAGAAUUUGGAUUGUUUAAUUUGAGAGUUUUUGCAACAAUUAGUCCGUUAAACCGUAAAUUGAUUUGGCAAAUUAAGACAAUUGAUAAAGUUACUGGCAAUAUACCAGACGAUGCAAGUUUAGGCUUUUUACCACCAAGUAACGGAACGCAUGGAAAAGGAUUUGUUGAGUUUUUAGUACUACUUAAGCCUAAUUUACCUCAUUUAACUUCUGUGAAAGUAGGCGCGAGUAUUGUAUUUGAUCAAAACGAUGCAAUCGAAACAAACAUUAUUGUAUAUACAAUUGAUGCAAUAUUACCAGAGAUUACCAUGACAUAUAUACCUAAUGGCAACUACAUACUGAUAAAUGCAACAGAUAAAGGUUCAGGUGUUAACUCAAUAACUGUUUAUAAUGGUACGGAAAAAAUAAUUUUUGUAACUGAUGAGUCAAUAUCAAGUUUUGAGCUCCCUCUAAAUAAUCAGCCUUACAAUAUUUAUUACACUGCCCAAGACAAUGUCUUGAACAGUCUUCCAUUGCUGUUUUUUAAGUUAAUUAGUGAUAAGAUGCCUGCAGGCUCAAACGAGACGUGUCACAAUAAUUGCUCUGGAAAUGGUGUUUGUGUAAACGCGUUUUGCCAGUGUAUAGAUGGAUUCAAAGGUGACAACUGCAAUGUGAAAAUAUCUAAUGAAGAUCUUCUUAACGAGCCACCAAAUAUUGAUAUUGGGUAUUUACCAACAAAUACCAGAGGUUUAAUUAAUUUGUUUGUUAAAGCAAAUGAGGAAAACCCGAUGUUAAUGCAGAUCAACAAUAUACCCGAGAAUGUGUUAAUAAAAUACAAGAACCAGAUUAUUACCUCAGUUUUUGUAAUUAGUCUAAACAGCAAAAAUGCAACAAUUUUAACAGUUCAAUCUCAGCUGGGUAACAGAACUUUUUUCAAUUUUGAAGUAAAUAUAUCCACAACUAGGUUAAAUAUUUUAACAAAUCGCACAGUAACAAUAUCAACAGUAUUUUACUACCCAAUCAACAUGAACAAUUUUGAAAUUGAGUAUACCUUUCAAACUUUUGUCAAUUGUUAUAAUAAAUAUUGGAACAAUAAUUCUAUUGCGCUUCUCAGUGAACAAAUUGAUGAUUUUGAUGUGGUUUCUAUAGAUUCUUAUCGAAAACCAAGCUUUAUUGAGUUGAAUUUAGUGAAGUUGUCUUUAAAAUUUUAUCAAUUAGAAGUAAAAUCAGCAAAUACAAAUUUUGGUAAUAUAGAUUUCUUUUUAAAGUUAAAAGUAAAUAGUACAAACGUAGGCGGUCAAUACAAAAUUAUUAUUGUGGAAAGCAAAAUUGAAAGUUAUAAAAUGUGCAAUGAUUCACUAUCACCUGUCUUUCCGGCUGAAAACCAAACAGUCACGUCAAACAAAAAUGUCACUACAGGACUUGUGGUUGGAAUAACACUAGCAAUCUUAUUUAUUGUAAUCAUAGCAAGUGUUAAGAAAUUUUGCAAGGGUAGUAAAAUAAGAAGGGCUGCAGUCAUAUAAACUCAACUCUCCACAAGGUCACACUUUUAGAAACGUUAGUUUUUUUAGAAUUUUACAAAGAAUCGAGUACAGACAUUCCUUUUAAAAUACUUAAGAUUUUUCACUUUGUGUUGUUUUCUUAUUCUGCACACUUUGUGUACUUUGUACACUUUUUUUUAGCUUAUUUUGUAUAUUUUUUAAUCUUUAAUUACUAAUCUGUCAGUGUAUCAAUUUA